AUGGUCCUCCGGGAGGAUGACAGGGUUCCUGCCACUAAUAGGAAGGCCAGCAGGCCUGCAGAGGCCCCUGGAAAGAGGUCCAGGGAUGGAGGUGAACCCGCUGCUGUCUCAGCAGAGACCGUCAGGGAGAGGAAGAGGGAGAGCUGUACCGAGCAGCUGUCAACCACAGAGACCCCUGGUAGCUGUGAUGUCCAGCCAAGCUCCAGCAACCCCUCAACCCCCCGACAGGACAACGGGAACACCUACCUGUCAAUCACAAAGAGCAGAGCACGUUUUGAAGCAAAGUACCUGCAGCUUGAGAUUUUCGGGGCAGGAGGCUUCGGAUCAGUUUAUUCUGGGAGAAGAAAAGCUUUCCACCUUGGGAAGGUGCUCCAGGUCCCGCUGGAGGUGCCCCUAAUGAUGAAGGCAGCAGGCCGGCCGGCUUCAGCAGGGAAAUCUGCAGUCGUGUCGUUCUUGGACUGGUAUGACCUGGAGCAGGAGGUUCUCCUGGUCAUGGAGAGACCAGUUCCCUCCGUGGACCUGUUCACCUACAUGGUGAACAACCAUGGUCCCCUGCAGGAGGACACGGCUCUGAGCAUCAUGAAGCAGCUGGUGGAUGCAGUCAUGCAUAUGCACUCCAACAGAGUCUUCCAUCGUGACAUCAAGUCAGAGAACAUCCUCAUACAGACCGGCUCCGACGGUCUUCGAGUGAGGAUCAUAGACUUCGGAUGUGGCUGCGUCAUGACUGGCAGAGCUUACCGCGAGUUUGCCGGAACCUCUGACUUCACGCCCCCAGAGUUUUACGUGUGUGGGGGCUACGAGGCCGGCCCCACCACAGUCUGGCAGUUAGGCUGCCUGGACCUACUGAAUCUGUGUUUGGCUGUGGACCCUUCGGAGCUGGCCACACUGGAGCAGCUGCAGCGGCACCGCUGCUUAACACCACACUGCUUAACACCACACUGCUCAGCCUGA